CUUUUAAUAUAUACCGAACUGAAAUGAAGUACUCUGCCGCUUAAAGCCGCAUCAUUAUUUCUACUUUUCAAUUUUGCUUUCAGGUUCAGGCGAAUUAUCAAUAUGGCGUACAGGAAAGCUGACGUUGAUACUAAUACUUCCAAAGUAUUAGAUGAUAAGCCCAUAAAAGUUGACAAAUGGGAUGGAUCUGCUGUAAAGAAUGCACUUGAUGAUGCUGUAAAAAAGGUGUUCAUUGAAAAGUUCAAAUAUGUUGAAAAUCAUUCUCUCAUGGAUGGACGUUUAGCCAUAUCUGGUAUUGCUGUUGGUGCAGCCAUGUUUGCUCUCUUAUGGGAUUAUUUACAUCCAUUUCCAGAAUCAAGACCAGUAUUAAUCAUAUGUGUUGUUUCAUAUUUUAUAUUGAUGGGUUUAUUAACACUUUAUACUUCAUUCUUGGAGAAAGGGAUAUUUUUAAUUGCUAUAGAUAAAGAUCCUACAGGUAUGGAUCCUGAUCAUACAUGGCAAGCUAGUUCAUCUCUGAAAAGAUUUGAUGACAUGUAUCAUCUUUACAUAAGCUUUACAGAUGGUGUAACGAACAAAACGCGAGAGGCAGAACUUGAGAAGUCGAUCAGCUGCUGGUUUGAUGAGAAUGGAACACUCUUGUAUGACUUAUUUGAGCCUGAAGUAUCAAAACUCCAUGCAAGCUUAUUGACAGAAAAGAAAAAGAAAUGAUUUCUUGUACUUGAAGGCUAUUUGUAUUGUUUUUAUUUACUUAAUUUCUAUUAAAUUUUGUUUUUGGAUGGGAAGUUUUAUAUAAAAAGCAUUUAUAUAUAUA